UGAAAUCCUUUAGCAAUGGCCUUGGAAGCGAUAUGCGGCAUGAAUAAGCUGCCGUUCAUGCAACGCUUUGAUGCACUGCAAAAGGAGUGGCAAGUGCUGCAGAUACAAAGAGCCACUAGCAACAUGACAAAUCCUUACGCGCUGAUGGCACCACCCUUUGAAAAUCCAGCUGUGAAUCUGGUCAAGAUACUGAGGCACUGCAAGCUGCGGAUGGAGCUUGAGCAUGGGACGACAACGUUGGGCUUCAAGUAUCAGGGCGGAGUCGUGCUCUGUGCCGAUUCGCGUGCCACUUCCGGCCAGUAUAUUGGCUCGCAGACGAUGCGAAAAAUUGUCGAGCUGAAUAAUUAUAUGUUGGGCACGUUGGCUGGCGGUGCUGCCGAUUGUGUCUAUUGGGAUCGGGUGCUGGCCAGAGAGUGCCGACUCCAUGAAUUGCGCUACAAGCGACGCAUCAUGGUGGAUGCCGCUGCGCGCAUGAUGUGCAACAUUUGUGCCGAGUACAAGGGCAUGGGCCUCGUCAUGGGCAUGAUGCUGGCCGGCUGUGAUGAUGAGGGCUGCAAGUUAAUCUAUGUGGACUCGGAGGGUAUGCGUUCGCAUGGCAGCGUCUUCUCAGUGGGCAGUGGUUCGACGUACGCCUUGGGCGUACUGGACACGGGCUAUCGCUGGGAUCUAACGGAUGAGGAGGCUUAUGAUUUGGCACGUCGUGCCAUAUACCAUGCCACCAGAAAGGAUGCCUAUUCGGGCGGCAUUGUGCGACUGUAUCAUAUCAACAACAAGGGAUGGCGAAACAUUUGCAAUACGGACUGCAACGAUCUGCAUGACAUAUUUUGCAUGGACUCGCAGAGUGAUGAGAUGAUCCCUCAAAUGCCUUGCACGAGCAGGGAUUGGAUUUCCCAGAAGCUGAGGGUGGAUAGUGUGCAGGCUCAGGUGGCAGCUGCCAACAGGGAGAAGGCACAAAAGGUCUAAAGGAUUAUGACAAAAUUUAAUGUGGUAUUUUCAUUUAAAUCAAUAAACAAGAUUGAAAAAGA